AUGGACCUUAGUCAGGCUGUUGAGUGGAGCCGUGAGGAGAAUGUGGAGUUGUGUCAUGCCAUUUUACUUAGCAGAGUGCCAUUGGAGGCCACUGAUGAUGUGGUUAGCUGUGUGCUCAGCACAGUUAAGGUUCUGGGUAGGACCCGGAUACACGGUCGCCGUGGUGACAAGACUGGUAGGCACCUGUACAUUUUAGUCGAGACUUCUGUUGAGUUGGAUCAGAGCUCUGUCCCUCCUGAAGUGGGAAUUGUAGGUGAGGCAGGUCCAUGGGCUGUUCAUGUAGUGAGUAGUUUGCUGCCUGCUAGUCCUGUUCUUGAAAGUGAUGGAUUCGAAGCCAAGCUAUUUUCAUUAUUACAGCAGGAAGGCAAGUCUAUGGGUGAUGUGAAGGCUGUUUUGGGCACGCAGCCUCCUAAACCUGAUGUCAGCAUGGAUCUUGUGAAUGCCAUAGGCCAGCUCGUUGAUCGCUGUAACCAGGCAUCUGUUGAUGUGCCUGGCUAUAGAAAACUGAGGCUGUUUUCCGGUUUACGGCCCGUUCCCCCAGGCGAGGAAGAAUAUGAGGCCUGGAUGGAGCAGGCUACUCAGAUGAUUACUGAGUGGCAGUGCAGUGAUGCUGCUAAGCGACAGCGCAUUGUUGAGAGUUUGCGUGGGCCUGCUGCGGAUAUAGUAAGGUUUUUGAAAGUCAGUAGCCCAUCUGCUACUGCUACUGAUUACUUAACCGCUCUUGACACUACUUAUGGAUCGACUGAGAGUGGGGCAGACCUUAUGGCAUCGUUUCGCCAUACUUUUCAAGAAGAUGGUGAGAAACUUUCUGCUUUCUUGUAUCGCUUGGACAAGCUUCUCCACCGUGCUCUUUUGAGAGGAGGGAUUGAAGCUGCAGGCCUGAAUCGUGCACGUCUGGAGCAGUUGUUCAAGGGUGCUCUCACCACUGACAUUGUGGCUUUACGUGUGCGACUUCUGCACACUUUGCAAGCUCCGCCUUCUUUUUCCCAGUUAAUGCGAAAUGUGAGAGAGGAAGAGCACUGGGUAAGUGCAAGGGAGAGUGCAAAGGUUUCUGUGGCCUCAUCAACAUUUUGCCAGGUUCCUGUGACUGCUGCUGUCGCUCUUCCUCAUGUGCCUGUUACUCCCCUGGCGUCUGAGGUUGACAGUCUGAGGAAAGAGGUCAAGGAGCUGACGUCUUUAGUAACUAAACUUUUGACUGCUACUACCGUGGCUCCUGAAAAUCCUCAAGUCUCACAGUUUGGUGUAAGCCACAGCACAGAAACCACAGCCCCAGCUGUUCCCACAAGGGCUGUUUCUUCGAACCUGCCGAAGUCUACGACAUCCUCUUCUGUUCCUGCCAUUUUUUGUUACAAGUGUGGAGAAGACGGCCACACCAAGCGAGAGUGCACACGUCCUGAGAACUUGAGGGUAGUGAAUCAGAAGCUGCUUAAGAGGGUCACGCAGCAGGGAAACUUCCCCGGAGCUCAGUGA